GUACGAUGACCUGUCGGUGCGGUUGGUCGAGUGGAUCGAGCUGCUCGGUAUGCUCGGUGCCGAUAAGGUGUUCUUCUACGAGCUGCAGGUUCAUCCGAACAUCUCCAAAGUGUUGCGUUACUACGAGGAGCAGGAGCGUGUGCACGUGACGCCGCUGACGCUGCCCGGUGGUCAACCGAACGUGCCCGGCUUCCAGCAUCUGUUCCUCUCGAAGAAAACCACUCACAAGCGCCAGAACGAGUUGAUCCCGUACAACGAUUGUCUGUACAAGAAUAUGUACAAGUACAACUUCAUCGCGCUACUCGAUAUUGACGAGGUGAUCAUGCCACGCCGGCCGGAAGAUCGUACCUGGCACGAUCUGAUGGAGCGUGUGGUGGCGAAGGGUAUGAAGCUGAAGAACGACACCUACCCGAGCUACAAUGUGCGCAACGUGUACUUCUUCGACCGGGGCGACCAGCACGAGCACGAGUGGGCAAAGGACACGCCGCGCUACAUGCACAUGCUGCAGCACGUAACGCGCGCCAAGAACUACACCAAACCGAACCAGUACGUCAAAUGCUUCCACAACCCGGAACGGGUGCUGACGCUGCACAAUCACUUUCCGAUUGCGUGCCUGGGCGGUACCUGCCAUUCGUACCCGGUGUCCACGGACGAUGCCCAGCUCCAGCACUAUCGGGCCGAUUGCGUGCGGACGCUGAAAAAGAGCUGUGAGGAGUUCAAGGAGAAUCAGGUGCGUGACACAACCAUCUGGAAGUACAAGGACGAGCUGAUACAGCGCACGCGCCGCACGCUCGACGUGCUCGGGUUCUUCAAACCGUCGUCGACGGGUGGGGGCGGCGGUGGGUCGCUGCUCCGCGGUGGCAAGGACUCACUGUACAAACGGUGACUGUUGGCACGGGUCCGCAGUCUCUUCAGUCUCUAGUAGGAGCGUGAUCUGUGAGCGAACCUAUCAGUCGAUCGGGACAUACACCACUACUACUACUAUUACUACUACUACUGUUACUGCUACUACAAGUACUACUUCUCCUGCUACCAGUAUGAAUAAGUCAAAGAUGCAUGGGUAGAGACGAUAUAAUGGUUGCAACAAAGUGAUGAAAUGGUGCAGAACAAGCGUUGUAAAAAGCGACUAAUCUAUAGCCGGGGUGUGGUCAACUAAAGAGAUAGUAAAUACUGUAUGCUAAGCCAGGAUCGACUAGUGUGGUGAGCCUGUUCAUACAGAAGGAGUUCAUUUAGUAAGUGAAGAAGGAAGAUUAGCACUUGUACUACGCGGGAUAAACCUAUGAGGCCUUCCCGUGUAUGUUGUUGCGCGUGUGUGAAUGUUUGUGUAAUUUUGUGUAUAACCCGAGUGAUCCUGUAGUUACGUAGGUUUGUGAUAGUCACUCCCUUUCCCCUUAUCAAUCGCUCGAACGUGUAUUCAUUCGUAGCUGUUAGCAUGUGUGUGAAUGGGAUGGUGUGUGCGUGAGUGAAUGAGAUUGUACAAAUUGUAUUGCUUGUGAGGUGUGAAUGAAGUAGUCAACUAGCAAACGAAAUAGCGUUUAGAAACGAUCACAGAGUCUCACCCCAGUAGUGGCCCGUUUGCACCAAAAAAACGGGUACCAAACCUUUUCAUUUCAUCCGUUCCUAACCGUACCGCGGUUCCACGAUCCAGUAGGCAUUGAUUGUGACUAAAGAAAGCGGAGAUAGAGAGCUAAAGAGAGAGAGAGAGAGAGAGCGAGAGAUUUCCUACUGCCCAUGCAAGCAGCGAUGCCUGCUUAACCCUACCAUAAUAACCCUUUACACGUUAGUUGCAAAACCCGUCUCAGUGGAUUGCUAAGAUGAGGUUGACACGAUUCAAACGCAACAAACUUCACGCACAACUCACGAUCCCAACUCACGCACCCAAGGACACGCCGGCUGGUGUGUCACUCUCACUCUGCAAGCGCCGAUUCGUUCGCUUCGUUAACUCCUUUCCUCGUUGUUCUAUUUAUAUAUCGAAUAAGUAAAAAACCCCACAUAUGAUAAGCGUUAAGCGUGAGUAGUAAUACCGUGACCGGGAGUGGGGGUGGUAGGAUGAAAGUGAGCGUUCUACCGGUACACGGUAGCAAACGUGUAUCCACAGUAUCAUCGUUAAUAAUAUUGUACGAAUCAUGGCGUGGCGUUCUUCAUGGUCAUUAGGCCGCCAACGCCCGGUUAGGAGCAUCCUUCGUACGGGCGCGUACGAAGACGACGAUAAGCAUCUGUUUGAGAUUGUAAAAAUAGCAUCAGCAACGGCUCGAUCUGUGGCACCCAAACUAGCUACCCGGCAGAGGAAGAGGUCCGUUAAGACAGCCGCGUAUACCACGCGUACCACGGUAUUAGAUAGGAAUUUUGUUAAUUAGGUACUAUGGAAGAGUUGCUCUAUCGAAUACCUUUGUACAUAUGAAAGACUGAAUUCGAGAGGUUAUUGAAACACGGAACAGUAGUAGCGUGGGAUUGGGAGGAACUUGCGGCAUGUGAAAAAACCCCCGUCGCCGGCAACACACUUUCUAGUGAUACGCGUUAACAGUAACGGUAAACCGGAAGGAAGCAAGCUCUAAAUUCGGGUAAUAUUUGUCAUGCGAGCUUUACGCCUGAAGGGUAUGCAAUCCGCACGACAAGUAUUAUCCUGUUUAGCAAGUGCUUGUUACUUUCCGUUAAAAAUUAACUUGUUGAUUGCUUGUUUUGUCAGGAAAAAGUGUCACUGGACAUCACACUUGUGGUUUUGUUAUUUUCCGCGUUAAAAACAGGAAGAAAAACACUGUUUGAAGGAAGGCAGUAGUGGCAAUUGCACGGUGAAGAAUACGAAAACGGGGGGGAUUGUUUAUUUAUUUCGCAAACAUUUAGUUUUCUUUCCCCCCUUCAAUUGAUAUUUGCCUGUGUGAUGGUGCACAUCGAGUCAUGGACAUGUGGAAGUUUACCGUAGUUGUAGGGAAAUUCUUCACCGUGUCGACAUCACAGAAGAAGCUCGUGUUACCGUUGCAAGCGAAUUCCCGUUUCCUUAUUGUUUCUCUUCUGCCACCUAGCGAGGUAAACAAAAACAUCCGUCUUCACCCGGUGCAUAGUGUAAUGAAGCAGAAAAGGCAGAAGAAAGUAAAACGAAAAAAGAUUUCCUACUAGACGUUGUUAAGCAUUCGAAAGACCAAUACGGGGGAAUGGGAUGAGAAAGGAAAGAAAAAGAAAUCAAGCUCAUGGGCAUGCUGGAACGUCCAUCGAAUGAGACGUAGACGAGUUUGGGAACAGAAGACGGUACAUUCGAGUACAUUCGGUUCCGAUCGGUUCCACAACACGCCGUACUCGGGAGGCGGCGGCUGUUACGAAGCAUAUCCUUAGGCGCAUUAAAGCUGCAACAGCGGAAGCAGUCAUUUACUUUGUAAAAGCUAAAAACGUAACGUAAUCUAGGCAAUUUGGGACCGAAACCGAACACCGGUGGGGAGGGGCCAGGUAGGCGGAGGUAGGGAGUACAACUCCACCGGGGUGGCCUGAGUGAUCUGAAAAUAUGGGGACGAUGUGCAGAGCAUAGGAUGGAAUAAAAUAUGGAAAAAUUUCAAAACUUAAA